AUUUUUUUUACGCUUUUCCUUUCCCGUCGCAUUUUUUUUCAAAAAAGAAGACUAUAUAUUUAAAACCAACAAAAAAACCUUCAAAAUUCGUCGGUUUAGGAAUCGUCCAUAAAACGCCAAGAUGUCUGCAGAAGUGCGUUUGAAGAAACUGGAAAAGCUGAUUCUGGACGGUCCUCGGAAAAAUGGUCAGGCGGUGAGUGUGGAGACCCUACUGGACAUCCUCAUCUGCCUGUACGAUGAAUGUAGCAGCUCUCCUAUCAGGAGGGAGAAAAACAUCACAGAGUUUUUAGAGUGGGCCAAACCUUUCUCUGUUAAGGUGAAGCAGAUGCGACUUCACAAGGAAGACUUUGAAAUCCUGAAAGUGAUUGGUCGCGGGGCCUUUGGUGAGGUUGCUGUCGUGAAACUAAGAAAUGUUGAGAAGGUUUUCGCCAUGAAGAUCCUCAACAAAUGGGAGAUGCUAAAGCGAGCAGAGACUGCCUGCUUUCGAGAGGAGAGGGAUGUACUGGUAAAUGGAGACUGCCAGUGGAUUACUACAUUGCACUAUGCCUUCCAGGAUGAAAACUAUUUGUACCUGGUGAUGGACUACUACGUGGGUGGAGACCUCUUAACACUACUCAGCAAGUUUGAGGACCGGUUACCAGAGGAUAUGGCAAAAUUCUACUUGGCAGAAAUGGUGCUGGCUAUUGAUUCUGUUCAUCAGUUACACUACGUGCAUAGGGACAUCAAACCAGACAACAUUCUAUUGGAUGUGAACGGUCAUAUUCGCUUGGCAGACUUCGGCUCCUGCCUUAAGCUCAUGGAAGAUGGGACACGGUUGAUUUGUCUACACAGCAGUGAUGAGGUCCAGUCUUCUGUGGCAGUGGGAACGCCGGACUAUAUUUCUCCAGAAAUACUGCAAGCCAUGGAGGAUGGUAAAGGGAAGUACGGGCCUGAAUGUGACUGGUGGUCGCUGGGUGUUUGCAUGUACGAGAUGCUUUUCGGGGAGACUCCUUUUUAUGCAGAAUCAUUGGUAGAGACUUACGGGAAGAUCAUGAACCACAAAGAACGAUUCCAGUUUCCGGCACAAAUUAACGACGUCUCUGAAAAUGCCAAGGAUCUGAUCCGUCGGCUUAUUUGCAGCAGGGAACAUCGGCUCGGUCAAAAUGGCAUUGUGAACUUCAAGAAACAUCCGUUUUUUGCUGGCAUUGACUGGGACAACAUAAGAAACUGUGAAGCACCUUACAUCCCUGAGGUCAGCAGCCCUACAGACACCUCAAACUUCGAUGUGGAUGACGACUGUUUAAAGAAUUCCGAAACAAUGCCACCUCCUUCUCACACUGCCUUUUCUGGCCACCACCUUCCCUUCAUAGGGUUCACAUUCACCACUAACUGUACGCUCUCUGAUGGAAGCAGCCUGAGAGAUGCUGCUGGGUCCUCAUCAACUGACAUUGAUAUAGACGUUCGGAGAACCUUAGAGGAUAGCUUAGCUACGGAAGCGUACGAGAGGAGAAUACGACGUCUAGAACAGGAAAAACUUGAACUAAGUAGGAAACUUCAAGAGUCCACACAGACUGUUCAGGCUCUUCAACACUCAACAGUCGAUGGUCCAGUCACUGCCUGCAAAGAAUUAGAAAUUAAAAGCUUAAAAGAAGAAAUAGAAAGACUGAAGCAGCAAAUAGCAGACUCUGGACAGCUCGAGCAGCGGCUGGAAGACGCAAGUGUCAUGAGGCGAGAUCUGGAAGAGGCAACCAGGCAAAUGAAAGCGUUUGAGAAGCAGAUGAAGGCACUUAAGCAGGAAAAGAAUGAUCUACACAAGGAAGUGGUGGAACUGAAUGAAAGGCUGAAAUCUCAAACCAAAGAACUGAAAGAUGCUCAUAGCCAACGCAAGCUGGCCAUGCAGGAAUUCUCGGAGAUGAAUGAGCGGGUCACGGACCUGCGCUCUCAGAAGCAGAAGUUUGCCCGGCAGCUCCGCGACAAGGAGGAGGAGAUAGAAGCAGUGACACAAAAAGGGGAGACUUUACGUCAAGAUCUACGAAAAGUGGAAAGGGCCAAAAAGGAGUUGGACGUGCUGAUGGAGGAAGCAGCCGCAGAGGCCUCCAAGGAGCGGAAGUUGCAUGAGCGCAGUGAGCAGUACUCCAAACAGCUGGAGGAGGAACUCGAGGGGCUCAAGAAAAAGCAAGUUGGUCGCUCUCCUGGGGUGAGCAGCACUGAGCACCAGCAGGAGGUAGCCAGGCUGAAGGAGGACCUGGAGAAGAAAAGCGUAUUCUACGAAGAAGAACUGACGAAACGAGAGGCCCUUCAUAUUACAGAGGUCAAGAACUUUAAGAAAGAAGUGCGUGACUCAGAGGGCCAGCAACUGGCUCUGAAGAAGGAAAUCAUGAUGCUUAAAGACAAGCUGGAGAAAACACGAAGGGAAAGUUUGAACGAGAGGGAAGAAUUUGAAUCUGAAUUCAAGCAGAAGUACGAGCGCGAGAGGAUCAUGUUGACUGAAGAUAACAAGAAAUUAUCAAAUGAGCUUGAUAAGCUCACAGUCUCAGUGGAGAAACUGAGUACAAGCAACAAACAGAUGGAAGAGGACCUGCGUGACCUGGCAGAUAAGAAAGAGUCUGUUGCCCACUGGGAGGCCCAGAUCACUGAGAUCAUCCAAUGGGUGAGUGACGAGAAGGAUGCUCGAGGGUACCUCCAGGCUCUAGCCACCAAAAUGACAGAAGAGUUGGAGUCCUUGCGAAAUUCCAGUUUGGGAGCGAGGGCUACAGAUAUGCCUUGGAAGAUGCGUAGGUCCCAGAAAGUGGACAUGUCGGCCAGGCUGGAGCUGCAGUCGGCACUUGAUGCUGAAAUCCGAGCCAAGCAGUCAAUCCAGGAUGAACUCAAUAAGGUCAAAGCAGCCAGUAUAUCUACCGAGUGUAAGUUGCAAGAGGGUGACAAGAGGAACUCUGAGCUGUUGGCAGACAUUGAUCGGCUCAAGAAGGAAAUGGAGGAAAUCAAGGCUAAUAAGGGUGCUGUCUCGUGCUGGGGUCCUGUCCCACGGAUGCCAGGUGCCUUCCGGUACCUCUCCCCAAGCGGCCAUUCUUCAUGUGUGUGCCUUGACGGUGUAAAGCACCAAGACUCACAGAAUUCUUUCUUGGCAUUUCUAAAUGCACCUGCCUCUCCUCUGGAUCAAUUUGAACACUCUCCUACCUGUAUUCCAGCUAGCAAAGGCAGACGUAUUGAUUCCAUUGAGAAUUUCAACCUUUCCAACUCACCAUCGGGUGAAGAGAUGAAGUCCCAGUUACACUCCCGCUCCCGGUCUCCAUCCACAGCAAGUGACAUUGAAUCUGUGGAGGUAACAGAUCAUCCUCCACGUGCACCGCAAACCCCAACAAUAAGGUCCACCUAUAGUGGUUCAAGCAUCACUGCACCAAAGCCCAAGGCUCAUCAGUUCACUGUGAAAUCCUUCACCACACCAACAAAAUGUAAUCAAUGCACAUCACUAAUGGUUGGCUUGGUUCGUCAAGGCUGCUGUUGUGAAGUAUGCGGCUUCUCUUGUCAUGUGACCUGCGCGGACAAAGCACCAGCUGUGUGUCCCAUUCCACCUGACCAGACGAAGGGACCACUGGGCAUUGAUCCACACAGAGGCAUUGGCACAGCCUACGAGGGACAUGUUCGGGUACCAAAACCUGCUGGAGUGAAGAAAGGCUGGCAGAGGGCACUGGCUGUGGUUUGUGAUUUUAAACUGUUUCUGUACGACAUUGCAGAAGGCAAGACCUCUCAGCCAAGUGUAGUCGUCAGCCAAGUCAUUGACAUGAGAGAUGAGGAGUUUUCAGUCAGCUCAGUUCUAGCUUCAGACGUUAUCCACGCCAACAGGAAGGACGUCCCCUGCAUCUUUCGGGUUCCACUUCCAGCAGAACCGGGUAGAUGGGUUGGGCCGAUUAGACAGACCCCGAAACUCCAUUCUGCACGUGACCGUAAAUCUGGGACUCACAUUAAGGUCACAGCCUCCCAGUUGUCAACCUCCAACAACAAGUGUUCAAUCUUGAUCCUAGCGGAUAGCGAGAACGAGAAGAACAAGUGGGUUGGGGUGCUGAAUGAGCUACACCGGAUCCUGAAGAAGAAUAAGCUCAAGGACCGCUCAGUGUUCAUCCCAAAGGAAGCUUAUGACAGUGCCCUGCCACUCAUUAAGACAACUCAGUCGGCUGCUAUUAUAGAUCACGAAAGGAUAGCGCUGGGAAAUGAAGAAGGAUUAUUUGUUGUACACGUCACCAAGGACGAAAUAAUCCGUGUGGGUGACAACAAGAAGGUGCAUCAGAUUGAGCUGAUCUCGGGGGAGCAGCUCGUGGCUGUUAUCUCGGGCCGUAACCGGCAUGUGCGCCUCUUCCCCAUGACAGCCCUGGACGGGCGGGAGGCUGACUUCUCUAAGUUAGUGGAGACAAAGGGCUGCCAGAGCUUGUCCUCAGGGCCCAUGCGCCAUGGGGCGGCCACCUGCCUGUGCGUGGCCAUGAAGCGCCAGGUGCUGUGCUACGAACUGAACCAGAGCAAAACGCGGCACAAGAAGACGCGCGAGAUCCAGGUUCCCGGCGUGGUCCAGUGGAUGGGCAUCUUCAAUGAGCGCCUGUUAGUGGGCUUCCAGUCAGGCUUUGCCAAGUACCCGCUGCAGGGGGAGGGUGGCCCGGUCAGCUUGCUGCACCCGGAUGACCACACGCUUUCUUUCAUCGCCCAGCCACCAGCAGACGCCAUCUGUGCGGUGGAGAUCUCGGGCAAGGAAUACUUGCUGUGUUUCGGUACUGUAGGUGUUUAUGUGGACUGUCAGGGCCGAAGGUCCAGGCAACAAGAACUCAUGUGGCCAGCUCUACCAACCACAUGCUGUUACAAUGCUCCAUAUCUAUCUGUGUAUAGUGAGAAUGCUGUAGAUGUAUUUGACGUGAACACUAUGGAAUGGAUUCAGACAGUUGCACUGAAGAAGGUUCGGCCACUCAAUCCAGAGGGAUCGCUUAAUUUGUUGGGUCUUGAGACAAUCCGGUUAAUCUAUUUUAAAAACAAGAUGGCAGAAGGUGAUGAGCUUGUCGUCCCUGAAACUACCGACAACAGUAGGAAACAGAUGGUCAGGACCAGAAGCAAAAGGAGAUACUCGUUUCGGGUGCCUGAGGAGGAGAGGCUUCAGCAGAGGAGGGAAAUGCUUCGGGAUCCGGAAAUGCGAUCGAAAUUAAUCUCAAACCCGACCAACUUCAAUCACAUUGUGCACAUGGGUCCAGGAGAUGGCAUCCAGAUCCUGAAAGAUUUGCCAAUGCCAGAUUCCCCACAUCCUCUCCCCAAUCAUGACUCCAGCCUGAUCUCCACUCCAACCAACUUCGAGCACGUCUAUCACAUGACCGUUCACUCUGCCGAAAACUUCCUGUGCCACGAUUCCAAAAGCCCCACUGGCUCCCCCUCACCGUGCUCCACCUCCAACUCUCUACAUUCCAUGACACCAAGGAACCUGCGGCCACCGGAUGAAAAGAGUCGGACCAUGUUUAGUGCUUCUGUCAGUAUUCCCGCCAUCGCCCGCUCCCGCACUGAGCCAGGCCGCUCCAUGAGUGCCAGCAGCGGCCUCUCUUCAAGAUCGUCGGCACAGAAUGGAAGUGCUCUCCGAAGGGAAUUCUCAGGGAGUAGUUAUGCCGCCAAGCGUCAGCCAAUGACCUCCCCGUCUGAUGGCUCCUUAUCGUCUGGUGGGAUGGAUCCUGGAAGCGAUGUGCCAACAAGGGAGUUUGAACGCGAUGAUUCCGAUUCCCCUCGACACUCUACAGCCUCCAACAGCUCCAACCUGAGCAGCCCACCCAGCCCCGUCUCACCUCACAAGCCACAAGCCCUUCUGCUGGAAAGCACAGACCACGGGAGCUGGGAGACAUGAGCUGCACAGGUCCAGAAAACCUCCCAAAACUAAACUAAGCUCUCACUCCACCCUCGCUGUCCUGUAUAUCAUUCCUUUUCCUGAGCAACACCCACGUGAACCUGUGCCAAACAAGGCACUGAAGAUCCCUUACCACCCAUUCUCCCCCACCCACCAACCCACUAACCCACCACCCUCCCCAGACGCAACGUGGAGCCAAGGACCAGACCUGAUGGUGUGACAUGUAAUAAAUGGAUUUCUGCGCUUUGGCCAUUGGAGCUUUUCAAAAGAAGGGGGGGAAGGAAAAAUAUUUUUUUCUCUCCUUUUACCCAUUGACAAUACUAGCUACUCUCUAGAGGGUCUUUUGUGGACGUAGGGUGCCCUAUCAAUGGGUCUUUGGUUAAGCCGUGUAACUGAUCUUAUGGUAUUGUUUUCUGCUGGUUCACUCUCAACAGAUGGUUGGUACCUGUAACAAUCGCCACCCUUUUUGACGGCAGUUUGAGAGAGAAAUAUAACUUUUAUUUUCCUGUCUAUCUCUCUCUCGGCCACAAUCUACUCCAGGGGGGAAAAAAGCACGAGAAAUCUCCAGCUUUACUUCAGGUAUUGGGGUCCAGCUUCUGUUUUCAUCUUAUUUUGCAAUCGCAGCGUGCGUACAUCGGCAACCAGAAUCACCAAAAGUUAUUUUACUAAAAAAAACAAAAAAAAUCUUUGUGAUAUAGAAUAUAUAUAAAGUAUAUAUAUAUAAAGUUGUGUAUAGUUUUACUUGUUAAAACUUUUUGUGGUAGCACCUGAUGGUUACGAGGUGCUGCGUGUGGUGUCACGGUCUCUGCUGGUAGAUUCUGUAGUUCUUAAACGUAGUGCCCAAGACGCAGCUGAAAUUUAACGACACAAAAAAAAGCCCAACACAUAACAUAUAGAAACAGCAACUCAAGCUGCCAUUUUUUGUAAAAAUUACCUGCACAAGAACGGUGGAGCAUAUGACAAAAAAAUUGUUUGCAUGUUUCAACAAGGAAACAAAAAGCUGAGCUUUCAUACAUCUUGUUUCAGCUGAAACUGGACGUCUCGGCUUCAGCUAUGGCAUUGUCCCAUUUAUCUCCAUAAAGGGCGACGUUUGAUUCAAUGCCACAGAUCCUGCUGUAGUGAAAUGGGUUUGUGCUUUGCUCACCUCUGUAGCAGAUUUGAAGACAAAAUCCCUCUCUUCUCACCUCAACCCACAUCCCCCCCUCUUCUGUAUAUGGGGGGGGGGGGGUAUUUAAGAUAAAGAAACAUGACUGAAUAUUUAAAGCAGAUGUGUUGUGCCACCAGUGCUUACUCUGUUCCAACCCUCUCCCCCAAAACAAAGCUUCUUUUGUGUGACCAGGUCUGUGGUGUAUUGCUUUCUGUAAGAGGGGGCAUAGAAUACCUGUGGGAGGGAGGAAUACAGAAAAUGCUGAGGUUUCAAGUACUGAGACGCAUGUGGGCUGAGGUGUGGAUUGAUUUGAGAUGAGACUUGAUGUAAAACGGUCUUGUUUCUAAAGGCGUUUCAAGGUAUUGGUUUGGGGAAUUCAAGUUCUCUCCUGCUGGUGGGAUCUGUUCUUUUUAAGAGGAACACAAAUUGCAGGAGGAAGAGCAGAGGACUCCUACUCUGGAGCACUCGCUCCAGGUGUGAGCAGAGGACUGUGACAGCAGUGAAGCUGUGGUUGCAGUACAAGUCACUGCUUUCUUCCAGCUGUUGCUUUCAGACAUUUCUAGACGGCAGUAAAGGUAUAUGGGUGUUGUGGUUGUGGGAGGGAGAGAGGGAAAAGAAAGGGUGCUUCCUUUCCAUUGAAUUAGAUGUACAGAUUUAGGAAAAUGAGGAAGAGGAAGUUAACCUGCUGUCAAAUUCUGCUGUAAUAUGUACCCAUCAUUGUGUGAGAAACUGUGUGAAUAAGGGAUGGGAGAACAAUCACCUGCGAAUUACCAGUAUUUGGCAUUUCAGUGGUUAUCUUUGGUUAUCAGGGGGUUGGUUGACCUGCCUUUUAUGUAUGACAAUUUCAUAUCAUCUAUUUUCAAAGUUUUUAGGUAUUUUUCUUUUGUAAGAUUAUUGUACAGGUUUGCAUGUCAUAGAUGUAAUCAGUUUUUUUUAAUAAAGAGUACUGUUUUUUUGUUUAGGAUCACGGCUGACUGGAUACAGAAUUGCUUGGCUUUAUCACUCCUUUUUGCCCUUAAUGUUUUAGGGGUUUAUUUGUAAGAGAAACUCUGCUGAUGUAGAUUCUUUUGCACAAGAAUAUUUAAGGUGGCCGGUCGGAUUAUAAAAGACUAACCGCCACUAUUUUAUGUUGGUAACACACAUUAAAUAUUAACCUGGACUUUGAUGUAUUUCAAUAAAACAGGGAACUGUUA